AUGUCAAGCCUUUUACAAUCUCGCUGGGCUCCUAAACCCAGCGAACACAAAACACAAGGCCAACCACCGCCUGCGAUCCCCUCGCCAGGACGCCGAAUGCUAUUAUCUCCCGCCGGAGAAUUGUCGCGCUUCAUGAAAAUCGUCGCUCGCUUAAAAUGGAAACUGCCUUUCUUGGCCGAGGGCUACCGUCUCGCAACUCUCUGCACAGAUUCUCCUGAGGCUGUCGCUCAUGCCGAAGUCAUGUUCAAGAUUGAUUUUCACGAGUAUUAUGCGCUUCUGGAACGGGCGCUGGUGCACUUGCUCGGCGUCUUUGGCAUCACCGUAUCGGCUGCAGGCAAGCCAUCUGGCUCCAACUCCGUCUGGAGCACGCAUCGGUAUCAUGCCAAUGUUCUGGAAGCUCUUGAGGAUGAGAACUGCCCUCUACGUUCUGUGUUUCGAAAGGGAAAUGUCUUCGAGCAAUUGAAGAAAGCAAAGGAACUGCGCAACCGCUGGAAGACGGCAGACUUGACCGAGCAAGAAAAAGAGCGAGAGUCUAUGUGGUCGCCAAGGCGAGAAGCGACGAUGCCGCUGCAGAACUACGACUUUGACAGGAUGUUGGCGGAUAUCUUUGACGGCCUGGAGGAUGGAUGCCGUCUGGCGCAGGAACACGUGGCCAACAUCAACGAGAGCAACCAUACUCAGGCACCAACUGACACUUCGAACGCCGAUUGGGAUUUCAUUGUUGAUGCGAUGGACUGGGAGGCUGUAUGA